CGUCGCCGUCUGGUUUCUCAGUAGCGCCCUGACAGGCACGCGGGAGGGUGGUUGGUGCGCUCGUUUUUUUCGUCGCGUACCGUCUUCGCGUUCGAGCACGAGCACGGGCGGAUCGGAGCGCGUCGCGCGCGGUUAUCUCCACCUGGGGAGGUGCACGUCUCCUCUGCGGUCGCGGUCGUCGCCGGGGCCGUGCGUGUCGUCGUCGUCGUCGCGGCGCGCGUGCCCGAAAAAUGUAAUAUGGCGAUGGUUGCGUCGAACAUGAGCGGCCACAUACAAAAGCAGCUCACCAGGAGCCUCGAGCGGAUCCUGGAGGAGGCGCACCUGAGCGGCGAGCUCAAGCUGAGCGGCCGGAAGCUCAAGGAUUUCCCGAAAGUCGGAAAAGGUACCGGCGCGGCCAAGUACAACCUGCAGGACACCGUGAUAGCCGACCUUUCGAAGAACCGUUUCAGCGAGUUACCAGAGGAAGUCACGGAAUUUCCAUUCCUCGAGAAGUUGCACCUUUACCAUAAUGCCAUAAGAAUAAUCCCGGAAACCGUCGUGAUGCUCCAAUCCCUGAACUACCUCGAUCUUAGUCGGAACCAAUUGACGUCGCUACCUCGAGAGAUAUGCAGGCUACCCCUUCAGAUCCUGCUAGUCGCGCACAACAGAUUAACAUCCCUGCCAGACGAGCUGGGCACGAUGACGGCAUUGGCAGAACUGGAUGCAGGUUGCAACGAAAUCACGAGCCUUCCAUCUCGAAUGGGCGACCUUGCGCGGCUCCGGUCUCUAGACCUGAGGAGCAACUUGCUGGUGCACCUGCCUAUAGAACUGACGUACCUGAGGCUCGUGAAGCUGGAUAUCAGCGGCAAUCGGAUAUCUGUGCUUCCGAACGAGAUGAGGAAGAUGAAGAGCUUGGUGGAUUUCAGACUGUCCGACAAUCCGCUGACCUCGCCGCCUGCCUCGUUAUGCAUUCGCGGGCGAACGCACAUUUUUAAGUACUUGGAGAGGCAGGCAGCGAAGCACGAGAGGGCCAGAGGUGGUCGGACGCGGCGAACGCCUCUGGAUGCAAGAGGUCACGCGACGCUGGACACGAGGUCGCACCGACGGCACAACGUCGACAGCGGGUACAGCACCAGUGACGGCGUCGACAAACGUUGGUCCCAGGAGAUCCACAGCGCGGUGCAUGACGGCGAGGUCCGCGGCUUAUGGCGGCAGGAAUGCUCACCGCUCUCAAUAACGUUACCGCACGAGGUAGGCGUGAACGGAUCCUGCAGCGGCACGUCGACGCCCAGCACGAUUUCACCCGGCGAGCACACAUCCCUAGAGGACGAGUUGGGCAAGGGCUGUUUGCAGGCAAUGAUAUUGCACGAUCAACUGGAAAAGAGGAGAUUAGAGAGGAGCGCCUCGGAGAACGGGGCGGACAUUAGGAGACCGAUGAUCUCUGGCCUUCAUCACGCAUCGAUUACGCCACCAGGCCAUCUGGAGUCCACGCACCUGUCGAGUCCGCAGUCGCAGCCGCAGAUACCGUCCGCGCAAUCGGUACACCCGCUCCAGACCGCAACGGCGAACCCGGCCGUGCUGAUGAACGGCGACGACAAGAGGCCGUUGAAUCACAUACAGACGUACAGGGAGUACAAAGAAGCGCUGAAGCAGCAGAGGGCCAACGAGGGUCUGAGUGUGUACAGACCGCGCGAGCAAGUGACACCGCCGGGCAACGAGUCGCAGAACAACGAGACCAACUCGGGCAACAAUAAGGAGACUAUCGCUCUGACCGGCAAGCAGAUCUUCAACGAGGACAACGCACUGAAGAGGCCGGUGCAGAAGGUCACUCCGUCGCGGAUCAGCUAUCAGAGCACACCGAUCAUCAACGGUAGCAACAGCGAAUACAACAAGAACGGGAAGUAUCUCGAGCAGCCCUACAAGAAGCCUAGCUCGCCCAUCAAGACCUCCAGCAGCAUCUUGUCUACGACUACGAGUCCUUCACACGCGCCCAGGCUGGUGAAGACCGCUGUCGGUUACGUAGAAGGUAACAAAAGUCCGAGCAGGAACGGCGGCAGCCCGAAGUCCCCGCGAUCCGUCACGUGGAACAGCAACGUGCCCGAGAAGUACUCGUUCACCAUGAGGCGGGAGUUCGAACGUGCCAAAGAAGAGGCUGAUCUCAUCGAGCAAUUACGGAGCCAUAUAGAAACGAGGUUGAAAAUGGCACUGCCGGAGGACCUCGCACCAGCACUGACAGACGGCGUCGUCCUCUGCCACCUGGCCAAUCAUGUCCGGCCGCGGUCGGUCGCCAGUAUACAUGUUCCUUCUCCCGCGGUACCGAAGCUGACGAUGGCGCGAUGCAGGCGUAACGUCGACAACUUUCUCGAGGCGUGCCGGAAGAUCGGCGUCGAUGAGGAGGUGUUGUUGGACGCGGACGCAAUCAUGGACGUGGGUUACAUGGACGCGUACGGGCUGGAGGCUCUGGCGCGUCUCGUCACCGCUCUUCUCCUUCCGCGCGAUGAGGGGGAGAGUGGCACCGAAGAGCCGGCCGCAGGUUCACCCCGUACGAUUCAGGACCGCGUUCUGUCCGCGAUGCUUUUUCUCACAUUCCUGUCUACUGUGGUUCUGCUCUACUUCUUUCCGAUCCCCGAUUAGAGAGAGUAUGAGAAAAAGAGAGAGGCAGUGGCGAGAAGCCGCCGAAACACGCGUGAAACUAAGGAGCGACAAAUUAAGGGGAAAAAAGUGCCAGAACGGAAGCCAGGAUGGUCCGAUCGAGACGACGAGUCUCAGAGCUCCUCAGUUUUUUUUUCGAUUGCGCGAAACGUUAAUGCGUCGGCUCUGCUCUCGAUGAUUUGCGUCGAGUCUGAGAAUCGUCGUCUCUUUCGCGAACGCGUAACACAAUUUCAACAUUCGUCUUGCGACUCGAUACGCUUAGAGCGGCGUAUUUCAGUUAAUUGUCUCGCAAUUUUGUACUUAUAUUUAUUGAAGUUUAGAAGUGUCGCGUCGCGAGUCGGAUGCACCUUCGACGUCGAGGAUUCCCGAGCAGCGUUCAAACGGGUCGCUUCGGGCGAGAAGAGCAAUGCGUAUGAAUGAAUUUGAUAAAUUCAAUGCUUUUAUUUUCGGAAAAAGAAAAAGAAACGCUCACGAUGAAUAAUAUGGGAAUCUCAUCGUCGUCGAAGCAUUCUGUGAUUUUUUAAAGUGUCUUCUGGGACGCAUAUCAGAUUAAAGGACGCUUCGCGCGUCAUCACCGCGUCCAGUCACUUUAAAAAAUGUCAGAACAUAUCUUUUGCCGCAUAUGAAGUCGUCGCUGGUCCCCUCCGCCGCAGGGGGACGAAGUACUUAAGUCCCAAGAAUCGAUUUGUAAUAGCUUUAACAGGGUUGUUCGCUUUUUUCGAUCUCCGCUCGCGCGAGCUUCCUCGCGCGCUCGAAUCGCGCGAGGAAUCUUGGCGGUCAGCGGAGAAUUUUUCGAAGAUGUAGCUCUUAAGUGUCAAUAGGCAGCUUGAUAAAACGUUUAGUCGACUGAGAGUAUUACCGCAAGUUCGCGUUCAUUCAUUUCCUUCGGAAAAGGCCUUCUUUUCUCAUCGACAGCGUAGUGAAGCGUACCGCUUGCCGAGAAUGUCAACGAGAAUCUCAGACAAAAACGUCCGCUGUGAAAGACGGUUCUCGUAAGCGAAAUUUUAUCCUCGUUGCAGUUUCCCCCGGAGUUCGUGCCUCGAGAGGGAUUAAUGAUCAAAGAGCGCCAGAAUCAAAGCCGCAGGCGCUCGCAUAUCACGUUUAAGUUGCCCGUGAAUAUGUGUACCUUGCCGAAACGAACCGAUUAUUUGGUCGUCACUUCUGACUGUACAAGUUGGCUGUCGUCGUCGGCUAGGAUCUGCUGGCGACACGAUAUUUUGAUAAAGAAACAAGGAGAUAUGAUCGAAAUCGAGGACUGGUGUCGCGAUACUCAUUCGAGAAUUAUUCGAGAGUCGCGUGUAGUCAUUCCGUUUGACUAUCCAUGUUCGCGGUAAGUGAUUCAUUGCCUUUGACGAAAACGAGAAUACCGAUCGGUCUUGACUGAUGUUGCGACACCAGCCCCUACGUUUAAUAAUGGCAGUCUGCAGAAGAAAGAGCGAAAGGAAGGAUGAUAGCCACGAUGCCUUCGAUGGUAGUAUUUUUUUAAGAUUCGACCAAUGAACCGCCUACGGCUCUUUCAGGAUUGGUGGGUCUGUGAUAGGUAGCCUGCGAGUACUACAGAAUUCACGAAAAAAAAGGUGCUAGGGAAUCUCUUUUAGUUUGGGGAUCUUCUAUUUUGAUACGUAAGGUCUAACGAGACAGGGAUUUGAGCGUUGAAAGAUAUAAUAAUAUCGCGAGAAGAUUGCGUGUGUGUGUGUGUGUGUCCGUUCGUUACAUGUUACACGUAGUGUCGCUUCCCUUGUUCGUAAAUUUCGCAAAUUGCAACACUACUCGUCUUCUUUAUCGGUUAUCUGCGACAAGGAGCAGUUCCGUUUCAACGAAGGAAGGAAACACAAAGUAGAACGCACCUCAAUACUUCACUGACCAAGCAAUUCGGUCGUAGUCUAGGAUAUCGUACCUUGGAUUAAAGUUACUUUGAUCUCUCGACGUUGCUGGAAUACUUUCUUCAAGCAAAAAUGUUCAAAAGCGCCAAAUUUUACAGAAAAUUUUUACCCAUUCGAGUAAAUAUAUCGAGCCUAAGUCAGCAACAUUGAAAUUCAAAAUUAUAAUUGGCCCUGUUUUGACAAUCGCUUGAGAUCAAAGCAACGGCGGUCUAUUACGCACGACGAUAGGAGACAUGGUGCCUGCUAUCUGCCAAUUUAUUUUCAUAAAAACAUGAUAGGAACGUAGAGGGCAUGUAUAUCGUCUAUAACAUACGAGCGUAUCACUUAUAUACUAUAAUUAAUUAAGGAAAUCCCUUCUCGGAUUCGCAACUGGAUCGGAAUCGCUGUCAGAGGAAGAGAGAGCGAACAAGACAUCGUGUCGCAUCCAACUUUUCACGAACAGCAGUAACUAUCUUUUCAUACUUUGCGCAACCAAUUGUUCCAGAAACAGUUAAUAUCGCUAGUAUCGUCGCAGCUAAUAUCGCCCGAACAGUGCCAAAUAUUGCAAUUGUACCCUCGAACGCGAUGUCUCGGUCACGUCUCCGUUUCUCCGACAAGAUUCACGAUCAGAAAGCUCCCGACUUGAAGCAACGCCCCAAUCGUUGCUCGAGCUUCUCAAUCAGAAUCCUUGGAGCACAAGUGGAAUUUUCAGAGAGCUGGAAGGGUAUCUCUCGCAUUGUCGUAAGUGGUCCUCGUAACGAGCAACCGCUGUACUUGGAGACUAUCAUAUAAGCGUAUAUAUUUGUACGAUGAAGAAGAACGUAUCGUCGCGAGUCGACACGCAUGAUAUAUGUGCGUACGCGGUAUGAUGCCAGUGUAUCUUUUAUCGAGGGGAUGCGCAAGGCGAGCCGUAUCUUCCAUGAUCUUUCUUUUCAUCUUCUUUUUUCUUUCUCUUCUUUUUUUGCGGCUAUAUCCGAUCUACGAUCCUGUCGGGAGAUCGACGUGGCUUCAGGACGCAAGCGCGCGUUUUCGCACUUUCUAGUCCACAGUAGCAUCGUUUAGCUGUAAGUCGAACCACGCUACCGUUCUAGUCAGAUUACUCUCCCUUGCAUUCCUUUUUCUCUCUUCGCGACCGUCGCAACGUGCCGCUGCUGCGAGGGGCUUCCGCCUUGUUUCAUCCGCGAACUCGUUACGCAGCCAUUGUUUCAUUGAUAUUAAUUCAGAACACGUUGGUCUAGAGCGGCAAUGUCCUUCUGCGUAAACUGGAACGCCCGGUUUCUUGCCUGUGGCCGUCAAUCUGUAGUUAUUGUUUCUGCUCCGGAUACAGCUUAUUUAUGUGGAAUCUGGUCAUUCUCUUGGGCAUUCGUCGGGCAUUCAUCGGGCAUUAAUGAUCGCCAAGGCUUCGUUCCUUUCCUGAUCCGUGAUAGAAAAAUCAGUUAUUCACGUCGGUGACAUCAGAUGAUCAACAACGUGAUAGCUGUGAUAAUAAUUAAAAAUGAUGGGAGUACUGGAGAAUACUAAGUCUAACUAAGUCACGAAUCAUCAAGACGAACGACUACUCCAGCGAACGCGUUUGUCGCGUAUCCGGGCGUUCCAGUUAUAUCAGACGCGAUUAGGCCUUCACCAAUAACUUCCGCGCUCGCAUCCAACGACAUGAAUCAUCAAUCGCGUCCACUAUGGAAUAGCAAACGGACGAACCGAUGACCGGCCGAUGACCGAGUCAUCACCGUCGAAUUAUUCCAUUACGCUUAAUCAUCGGCAGCUGCGACGAGUGCCUAAUGAUUCCUCGCGAAUGUGAACACGAAUGGUCGCGAUGGCCACGUCAUGUCAGUAUUACUCUCAUUAGAAUUGGAGACUUCAUCGAGACAUAUCGUCCGGGUAUCGUUCAAGUACCCUCGACGACUUAAGACUGGACUCGAAUUUAGCGUACUGUUACACUUUGCGUUGCCGACUCUGCUUAGCAUGGCGAUCCACGAGCGAUCUACGUGAUUUCAUCUCGAGAAAGUGCCAGACUUUCGCGGACAACGCGAGCCAAGUGUUUCAGUUGGGAUUAGGGAUUAAUACAUCGAUCACAGGAUAAUUUCGCAAUGAUGAAAUUGAUAACUAUCACAGCAUUAAAGAUGGAGUUGAUUGGAACCGUUCGUUGACUUAACUCAAGUGGAACAAGUAAUUAAACGGAUCUUGAUUCGUCAUAUCAGUCGAGGACUAAUCCCGUAGAUCGUCGCGUCGAAAUCUUAGCUGAUAGCUUUCGCUUUUGCAAGAGGCUACAUCACUAUUAAGCAUAUCCAUGGGACAGAAGUGGUGCGUGUAAGGAGGAAGGGAAGGAGCGUAGGGAGGAAAAAGAGAUACGAAAUCAUUCCGUUGCGUUAGUCGUGUAAUUGUAUAAUUUUUGUAACAAAGUACGCGAAGAGGAAGCUUAUGCGGAUGUGUAUAGAGAUAGAUAUAUAUUAUAUGGAGAGACAGAUAUAUAGUUCGUUGAAGUUAGUUCUUCUCGUACUCUUCCUCUUCUAUCGUUAUUUCGUUUCCGCGUUCGUCGUAUGUAAGUCGAAUUAAAUUAUUUGCUAACUGGAUUAACAAGUCCAGUCUUGGUGCUUGGUCUACAUUUUGUACGUUGUUGUUUCCGUAAGCCCCUGAAUAGCUUCUCGUCUAUUUAUACGUACGUCUAUAUUUAUUCCGCGGCGUUUCUCUACACGCCGACAAGUAUCUGUACGAUCGAUCGCGCCUGCUCACCGAGCUCAGACAAUAAUUCCUUUCGAAAUAGAUACGUAGUCUAAGCGGUCAGGAUCGACGAGCCCAGCACGAUCGAUCCGUCCCAACUUGGUCCUCGGUGUCUAACUGAAGCGUCCAGUAUCUCAGCUGAUCUCGUAAACGCACAUUUGUACAAUGCAGCGGUCGAGUCGGGUUUACUUCACUUUCGAAUCGCAUCUUCAAUCAUCAUUUGAUAGAUCCGAUAUAUACUAUGUACAAAAAGAAUUUGAUGAUCGAAGCAUUUAUAGGUAUCAACCAGAUAUUACUCAAAAAUGAGCUAUAUAUAUUUUUUGUACGAAACUAUUAAAGCUCUUUUAGAAAUAUAUUUGCUAAAUUGUUUUGCCUAGACUUCUUGAUCUUUCGAAUAUCAAGGAAGAAGCUUGAAAACAAAAAUUAAAAUUAAAUUAAUUAAUUAAAGACUAUUAUUUUUAUAUUCGGAAUACAGAUGGAAAUGUUAUUGGAAGAAUGAUUAAGUAGCUGAUAAUUUAAAUACUAAAUAAUUAUUAAUUUGUAUUCACAUGAAUUAUUAUUGAUGAGUACCAUUUAACGUCUGCGCACUAUGACAGAUUUUACCUGUGGGAAGAGAAUUUAUCCGUGCUGCAUUACACAACGACAAUCGAAUGUGAUUCAAGAAUAGAUCGAAUUUUUAAUUAGAAUUUUAUCGUACUCAGGAAACGCGUCUAAUUACAGCCGAGCACUGCCUACUUUCAACGAGUGCAAUUAUCCGACCCGACUCGACCCAUAGCAAUUCAACAACGCCAUUCGACGAUCACGAUCGAGCCUGACGCGCGAUUUACAUAGCUCGAAUAUUUCGUAUUAUAUUUACAUUUACGAGUCCUCGCAGUGCGUUUCGUUUUUCCGUCUUUCAUAUUUAAUUUAUUUAUAGAACACGUCACAUGUACGACACACUCGUCCGCCAUCCCUGAUGCUUCGUUAUUAGAGAGAACCGGUCUUGGUGGCGAGACGAUAACAGGAGACAAUCGACGUGUGUCUCUACUUCGAUUUUCGCCGAAUCGAUCAACGUAAAAUUGAAUUUCUUCAGCUGUCUCGCCGCUCGGACGAUAGCGAUGAUCUUGUUUCUUUUUUUUUCUUUGAGAUAUACUCUGUAACGUUGAUUGUAUGGGUAAAGCAUAAUGAUUGUAAUACUAUAGCCAUUUACAAUAAAAUAUCCUUUUCUUAAA